AGAGCAAUUUUGAGGCUCCCCUGUGAUCACCAGACUGAUUAAAAAUGCUAAUCAGAAGCCUGUAUGAUUAGGAGAUUAGUACAGUCUGAACUUUGAUCUGCCUCAUUUGUGUACAGAGAGAGAAGACACACACACACACACACACUCUCUCUCUCUCUCUCUCUCUCGCUUUGAGAACUGCUUUCAUAGGUAGCAGGAUUCCCAAAAGUCUCUUCUCCAUCUCUCUCUCUCUGUUUCUUGCUUUCAGUUUCUCACAGGGACAGCCCCAGGGUUCCUGUAGUCACUAACUGUUACCUCCAAAACAGACAACUUUUUAACAGCCAGAAAAGAAAAAUCAACCUAUGUCCAAAAAGGCAAUAUUACACUUGCAUUCCUGUAACUGACCAUGUGCUUUGCUUUGAUCCAUGUGAUUUUCAUAGGACCUGACAGAAUUAAUGAAAAUCCCUCACAUGCGGAACUUAGGACCUCUAACAAUUCUUCAACUCCAUGCUCUUUGGGUAAACAACCUAUAGACAGAAAUAUGGAAUAUCUGGGAGUCACAGCCGCACCUCCAGACCCAAAUUUACCUCAGUUCCAGACAAACUUAUCAUUGCAUGUCUUAAUGCCAGUAGAUCAGGAAUGCUGUGGCUUUGAUAUGGACCAAAAGAAAAUGUUCUCAGUGUAAAGAAGAAGUAAGAGAAUAAGCUUGGUGAACAUAAAAAUCACAGGCAACCUCAGUCAGCUGUGGGGAGAGAUGCAACAACCAGGACAGCCUCUCCAAAGCCCAUGGCCCUGAUCUGCCUUAUCAGUGAAGCAGAUAAUGAGCUUGUGACAUGUGGAUACCGAAAAAACAACGAUCCUCAGCAAUUUCUUCCAGUGUCACCACCUUUAUAUUGCUAGAUAUAAUCCUUGUGCAGAAGACUACAUGCUUGUCAGCACCUCGACUCUUAACCACCAAGUAAGUGGAUGGCAGCCUGAUGUGCACAUUGCCAUUUCAGGUAGAAGGGGAGGCUUUAGUACUAAAAAGAGGUGAUAAAAAGCCACACAAAGAAUUACUUCUCAGGCAUUAUGGCAUGCAGUGGCAUCUAACCAUACAGUGGUAUCUCUACUGACAUGGCUAACCAAAAUCUUCAGUGGAGCCUAAAGGUUUUUGAUGAAAAAAGUCUAUUACAAAUAAUGGUCCUGCGCUAAAAUCUUCGGUUGCAGACAAGGUAACCUAAGUGAGAAUAGCCUAUUAAGUGUUAAAAGGGCCCUUAUUCAGAUCCCCAUGGCUCUGCUGCCUAAUUAGACUGUAGGUUCCUCUGGUCAGGGGUGGCUUUCAUCAUUCCGAGUUCAACUGUGAGAUUUCCUAUGUGGGCAUGGAGAGAAAUAACAGGACACAAGCUGACUUGUAAUCUUCUCUAUUACCUUCCUUGUAGCAGCGUGCUGUUACUUCUGCUCUCUCAGCAGCUGUAAAGGGAAUGAAAGACAAGGAGACCGCGGCAUGUCUUCGUGCCACUCUUCUAACAUGCACUUGUCUUCCUGCUUCAAGGUAAAUCACAAAGUCAAAGGCCCAUCAGAGCCUCGGUGCCCUUUCAGCCUGGACAGUUAAGGCUCCGAUUUCUGUAGCUGUGUGUACGCAGGCAAGCAAUGAGACUAAGACAACUGCUGCUCUUUGAUUGCCCAGCUUGAGCAAUUUCUUUGCAUUGAGACAACUGGGCAGCCUUCUGCAGGAGUCUGUAGCAACUUCACAUCAGGCCAAGAAUCAACUGUUGCAGACAGACGUGUAUUGUCAGAGACAUGGAGGAAUAGAAGAUUGAUGGCAUCACCUAAUGGGACACAUGAAGGAAAGAACUGUACAGAGCCAGCCAUUAAUGAAUUUCCUGAAGAUGUAUUUACAAAUAGAGAACGCCAGCAAGGAGGGGUUCUGCUUCACAUCAUUGCUGCUCUGUACAUGUUCUAUGCUUUGGCUAUAGUAUGUGAUGACUUCUUUGUUCCAUCCUUAGAGAAAAUUUGUGAGAAACUACAUUUGAGUGAAGAUGUUGCUGGGGCUACAUUCAUGGCUGCAGGGAGCUCCACACCAGAACUGUUUGCAUCUGUUAUAGGUGUAUUUAUCACUCAUGGAGAUGUAGGAGUAGGGACCAUUGUUGGUUCAGCAGUUUUCAACAUCCUCUGCAUUGUUGGUGUCUGUGGACUGUUUGCAGGACAGGUGGUUUGUCUCACCCAGUGGGCUGUGUUCCGGGACUCUGUGUACUACACGUUAUCUGUUAUCGUACUUAUUGUUUUCAUAUAUGAUGAGAAAAUAGAAUGGUGGGAAAGCCUUAUACUCAUCAUUAUGUAUUCAUUCUACAUACUUAUCAUGAAGUACAAUGUGAGGAUGCAAAAUUUCUUCACCCUCAAAAGCAAGAAUGUUGGAAAUGGUGACACGGUCAACAAUGAGCUGGAAGAUGGUAAUAAAUGUUAUGCCUCUAGUUGUGAUGACCCAUCCAUUCCAUUACUAUGCAAAGUGAAGGGGAUGCAGCAGUAUGGCAAAAACAGUGUUGUGAUGGUGGAUGAGAUCAUCUGCUCCAGUCCCCCCAAAUACCGGUUCCCUGAAGCUGGGUUACGGAUUAUGAUUACAAAUAAGUUUGGACCACGCACCAGAAUGCGGAUGGCAAGCCGACUCAUCAUUAAUGAGCGUCAGCGGUUAAUCCAAUCUGCUAAUGGCUCAGGCAAACCGCUUCAGAAUGGGAGACAUGAAAAUAUUGAAAAUGGGAACAUCCCUGUGGUGAACCAAGAGGAGGAAAGUGAACAGGACAAUUUAUCUCCAUUUUCAUUGCCAGAUGGAAAAAUGAACAAAGUUAAAUGGAUUUUGACGUGGCCAUUGAUAUUCUUGCUUUUUUGCACCAUUCCAAACUGCAGCAAACCACGCUGGGAGAGUUGGUUUAUGUUCACAUUUGUCUUAUCCACUCUCUGGAUUGCCUUGUUCUCCUACUUCAUGGUGUGGAUGGUGACGGUGAUCGGAUACACGCUUGGGAUACCAGAUGUGAUCAUGGGUAUUACUUUCCUAGCUGCAGGAACAAGCGUCCCAGACUGCAUGGCCAGCCUAAUAGUAGCAAGACAAGGCCUUGGUGACAUGGCAGUAUCCAACACAAUAGGAAGCAAUGUCUUUGACAUUCUGGUGGGCCUUGGUGUUCCAUGGGGUUUGCAGACCAUGGCGAUUGAUUGUGGAUCAACUGUUAAAAUAAACAGUAAAGGACUGGUCUAUUCAGUUGCACUUUUGCUAGGAUCAGUGGCACUGACUGUGUUUGGAAUCCAUGUAAAUAAGUGGAAACUUGACAGGAAAUUAGGCAUCUACGUGUUGUUUCUUUAUGCUGUUUUCCUGUGUUUCUCUAUAUUGAUAGAGUUUAAUGUCUUCACCUUUGUCAACCUCCCUAUGUGCCGAGAAGAACUUUAAACUACAAUAAGGAGAGAGACUGCAAUUAUUCUGAGUACAUGUGCUGUAAAUGACAGGAGACAUUUCGCAUUCCUACCUUCUUU